AUUUUUCAUUGUUGCGACCUAGAAAUUAUGAUAAUUCAUAUUUAGAAUGUUUUAUUUAAAAUAACCACUGAGAUCAUCACAGGACAGAACUGGCCGUCUGUUCUGGGACCUCUCCUGACUGCUGAAUGAGUGUUUGAGGCAGUGUGUAGCGUUUCGGGGUGUUUCUGAAGGCGGGGGGCAGGAUGAGCUCAUGCGAGGGGGCUGUAAACCACAGCAGGUACGGCUGACAUCCUGUCUCACUGUCACUGCUCCGUCUCAAUCAAGCUCCAGGAAAAGCUGCUCGCCACCUUUCAGCCUGUUCCAGGAUCUUCGAGUUCGGUUCUGAUAUGGGCAGUAAAGCUUUACCGGCGCCGAUCCCGGUGCACCCGGCGCUGCAGCUCAACUACUCGCUCCUGCAGACGCUCAACACGUUCCCCGCCGCCGUGGAUCAUCUGUACGGCCUGAGCUCGCUCCAAACCAUGCAGAUGAACCACUGGACUCUGGGCUACCCGCCCGUUCAGGGCCUCGUGGACCCGCGCUUCCCGUUCACCGCGGCUCUUCCGUUCGCCGCGCACCUCUUCCACCCCAAACACGGGUCCGUGACGCGCGUCGCUCCCGCGCUGCACAAGGAGAGACCCAGGUUUGACUUCGCGAACCUCGCGGUGGCGGCCACGCAGCAGGAUCCGCCCAAACCGGGCGAGCUGUCCAAACUGAGCGCGGAGCUGGCCAAACUGUCCCCGGACCGAAAGCCCGCGCGCGGCAGACUGCCGUCCAAAAGCAAAAAGGAAUUUAUUUGUAAGUUUUGCGGGAGACACUUCACCAAAUCCUACAAUCUACUGAUCCACGAGCGCACGCACACCGACGAGCGACCGUACACCUGCGACAUCUGCCACAAGGCCUUCAGGAGACAAGACCACCUGCGAGACCACAGAUAUAUUCACUCCAAGGAGAAACCCUUCAAAUGUCAGGAGUGCGGGAAGGGAUUUUGUCAGUCACGAACUUUGGCGGUUCAUAAAACCUUGCACUUGCAGACCUCAAGCCCUUCUCCUGCGGCCGCUGCGGGAAGCUGUUUCGGCGCAACUGCGACCUGCGACGCCACAGUUUGACACACAGCCCACAGCAGGACUACUAACUAGUGAACUAACGAGUGCUCUCGACACUCUGUUCAGGCGGACUCAUGUUUGAUGGACUCGCUUGCACCCAAACAGACUCUGUGAACUCAUGUAAAUAAAGUUUUUAUUGUUAUUUUUAUUAUCACCUGCAUCUGAACUCAACGCGUUUCGAUCUGUGUUCACAUCUGGGAGAAUUCAUCGUGUAAAUAAAGCGGCUGAUCUCCUCACACGAGCACAGGAUUAAUCCACUAUAUUUGAGUCAAAGACAAUAAAAUAUGAUUGAGAAGAGACGGACACAAUUCUGCUUUAAUAAAAGAGCUAUCUUUUUUCAAACGGCGACUGGACUUUUGUGUAAAAAAAACAAACUUCAAAUGUUCCCCUUUUUACAUUUUGUAAUAAUAAUCUUUUAUUUUAUUAGAAUUAAAUGUCCCGACAUGGUUAUAUAAUUUUAAUAAUUAUAUAUAUAUAUAUAUAUAUAUAU